AUGGCAGGAUAUUGGCCUUCUUGGGCUGUGGGCACUUUGCCACCAGAAAACAUUGCUUGGUCAAAGUAUGAUAUCGUAUACUAUGCUUUUGCCGUUCCAAGUUCUUCGGGAAAAAUUGCAAUUGAUGAUUCAAACUUGUUGAAAAGAUUCGUUGCAGCUGCUCAUAAAGGUAAUUCAAAAGCAAGUCUCUCGCUUGGUGGAUGGGGUCAAUCACAAGGAUUCUCAAAUUCCGUUGUAAGUGAUUCAGCCCGUGCAAAUUUCAUCAAUAACGUUUUGGAUGUGAUUAAAACGUACAAUUUGGACGGUGUUGAUUUCGAUUGGGAAUAUCCUGGAAACGUUCAAGGCGGACCAAGCAAUCCAAAAGAUACGGGAAAUUUCCAAACGUUCUUGCAACAAUUACGUGCAAAGAUUCCAGCCGGUAAGCUCAUGUCAGCAGCUGUUCCACAACAAGUUUGGCAAGGAAGUAACGGAAACCCGGUUGGCAGUGUUGCCCGUGCAGGCGGAGCAUUGGAUCAUAUCGUCAUUAUGAAUUACGACGUUUGGGGUUCUUCAUCAACGCCAGGUCCAAAUGCACCUUUGGGUAACUUGUGUGGAAAUAGUACACAGCCCGUUGCCAGUGCUGCCGGAGGUGUGAAAGCAUGGACUUCGGCCGGUUUCCCAAGAAGUAAGAUUUUACUCGGUGUUCCAAGUUAUGGUUAUUUGAACAAAUCAUCCAAGAAAACAUUGAUUCAACUCAAACGUGAGGGCGACGUGGAAGUGUAUGCUAAUUCUCUUGCCAAACGUGCUGCUUUGAAGAGUAUGGACGGUACAACGACGUCCGGACAGAUUAACUUCAACCAGUUGGUCAGUCAAGGAGCACUAAAGUUAAACACACAAACUGGUACUUUUGAUGCUUCUGGAGGUUAUACGAAAUACUGGGAUGAUUGUUCCGAUACACCUUAUUUGGCAAACGGAAACAUUGUUGUCACUUAUGAUGAUCCUGAUUCGCUAUACGAUAAAGCAGACUUUGCUCGUUUGGCAGGUAUUGCAGGUGUUGCCAUGUGGUCAAUCGAUGGAGAUACAUCAACACAAGUUUUGGCAAAUUCUCUUAUCGCUGGAUUAAAGGGAACUUAA